CUGGAGCAACUGGCAGCACUCCAAAUGGACAUGCAACCUGUCAACAGUGAAGCAGCAAGGGCUCAUGAGAGGCUAAGGAAGAAUAUGAUGCUGAGGCGCAAGGUUCUGCAGGAACGCAGAGCGAUGAUCAUUCAGGAAAUGCCUGGCUUCUGGGCCAGAGUUUUUGUGAAUCAUCCACAGAUGUCUGCCAUGGUCCGUGACAAAGAUGAAGACAUCCUUAGCUACAUGAUCAAUUUACAGGUGAAAAAACUGGGGAAUCCCAGUGAAUGCCACAAGAUCAUGUUAUUCUUUGGGAUCAACCCCUACUUCUCCAAUAAAGUGAUUGUUAAGGAAUAUCUGACCAACAACCAUGGAUAUGCAGCAUAUCAUUCCACUCCAAUUAAGUGGCUGCACAAUUACAGACAUGAGGCGCGCAGCAUUAGACAUUAUAACAACAGUCUCAGUAUCUUCAACUGGCUUGCAGACCACACCUUUGUGGGUUCUACCAGGAUUGCUGAGAUCAUCUGCAAGGACAUUUGGCUCAACCCCUUACCAUACUACUAUGGGGCCCAACAUUCCAGAGACAGCAUGGAGAAGGCUGAGGACUUCAAGAUUUUGGAUUGAAUGUGUUGGAAAUGUAUUCAUCUGAAAAAUACUCUAAAGAGGAAUAUGCAUCAUUGUCACAACAAACUUUCGAAAGAAAAUACAGAGGUGAUAAAGAUACUUGCACACAGUUAUAUUAACUCAGUAUAGCACUGAGGAAGCAAUAAAUACUGUGAACUGUGU